GCCUGUCUGCUGGCGGUGCCCAGUGUCGCGGAAUACAUUGACGAAGAGUCGGCGAGGAAACUGGUAUUUCCCCGGGCUCGGGCGAUUUACGAGAAAAACUCGAUGGAUCUGCCGGUGACCCUGUACAUGCUGUUGGCUCUGGAGAGGAUUCUGGACAAGCUUGAGCGGCGCAUCAUCCUGGACGAGCUGCUGCCACUGCUCUGGGAUGUUCGGCUUCAGGACCCGGACAUCAUUCAGGCAACCGUCAACAUAUACCGGGUGAUGCUGACGGACAACAAGAAGUACGGACUGAGUGUGAACCUGAUGGCCACGCGGGUGAUGCCGUCGCUGCUGCCGCUGACGAUGAACGCCGCGCUGCACCUGGACCAGUUCACCAGCCUGCUGGAGGUCCUGCAGGAGAUGCUGGACACGAUAGACAAGAACCAGCGGAACAAGCUGAAGCUGGACGACCUGGUGCUCAACUCUCCGGACCACCGUCGCACACCGGCGUUCCGACACCACACCUCGUCGGACAACAUGGCGGCCGUGACUACAUCGGGUACGCCCAGCUUCCAUAUUCCCAACCUGCGCGUCGAGUUCCGGCGCAAGACCAACAGCGCCGAAGACUUCAGCCGCAAGAGCAGCGGCUCCGCGGGCUCUUGCCCGUCGUCACCGGACAGCAACCUGUUGCGCGUCCACUCGGCAAUGAUCGGCCGCCGACUGUCCGACAACGAACUGCUCAACCCGCCCAAGAUCCGCGUCGGCUCCUACUCGUGCGGCUCUUCGGCCAGCGAUCUGCGUGUCGGUGUGCUGCCCAUCCGGAGACAUUCGUCCACGGGGCCGAACGAGAGGCGCCAGUCCGUCUUCAGUAUCUCGCCGCCCACGCUCAGCCAGCGUUAUGCCCUGUGCGGCUCGAUGCCCAACACCAGUCUGUCAGUGCCGCCCAGUGCCGGCGCCGGUCUCCGCCGCCAGUCAGCCUGCGGCGGGGGCCUGGCCGGCUCCUUCAAACAGCGCCGCAGCUCCUACGUGCCGCCCGGCGCCGGGCUCACGGGCGGCGGCGGCGGCGGGGGCGGCCUGCUGCACCAGCUCAGUGCGGGCAUGGUGAGUCCCGCGUCGGCGCCGGCGCAGUCUCCGGCCUCUCCACGCAGGCCUUCCCAGCGAGUACCAACUAUUCAACGGCAAGUGAUGGACUGAUGUCCGCGUCCAUUUUCCGCCUCCGGCCUUCGCUGGCCGUCAGGAUGAUGAAGACGAAUCCAAACCAACGGCUACAGCACCACGAGAACUCGGCGACAAUAGCUGGGGUUGGGUGGUCGGCGGUGACAGCGAGCAGAUGUAUAUCGGUGACCGAGGUCAGGCGACCUCUCGGGGUGACAGCUGAACCCCUGCAGCGGUGAGAACCAUCAAUAUCGAUAACCGUCGUGAGGAACGUGACGGGAUGUAGCUGUGAAAGUGAUGGAGCGCAUGAUGGUUGACCGAGACAACUCUUAUCAGGAUGAUGGCGCCAACAAGAGUUGCUUAUAUGCCGACCUUCUUAUCGUACUUAAAUGGUAUCCAACUGAGGCCAUCCCAUUCAUCCACGAUUAUAAAUCAUAUAUGUGAUAAUGUAACGCGCGACCCUGCGAUAGACAUAGGCAACCCUUCCGCAGCCGAGCAGAUACGGCAUUGAGGCAGCCGAUUGAGCCGAUAUAAUAUAUCCUGGCCCCUUACUGUGAGCAGUACGACUGUGAUCAGCCAGGAUAGGACGAAUCAAACCGAAUCCAGUCUGCGAUGUGGCUGAACUAACUAUCGCAUGCGUCAUCGGAUCAAGCGCUUGGUGGAAAACGAUGGUGUGACGAAUCGGCCGAGACCCUGUACCAGAAUCGAAUGGUGUCUAUCGAAACCACGUUCAAUGUCCCAGUUAGAGUGCUAGCGAGCAUGUGUGGGUGUUUGUGUUUGGCGUGGGAGUGUGCGUAUGGGAACAGCCGCUCUCGUUUGUGUGAUUUGACGAUAGCGUUUCUGUGCUGAAAAUGAAAUCAGUGUCUCGAACUGAUGCAUUGGUGUCCGUAUAUGUGUGGAAUAGAACGUUUGUGCUCAGAGUAAAACGAUACGAAACUGACCCUUGAAAUGAUUAGAUACUAGCAGAUGGGGAACCCUGCCUGUGAUUUUUGUGCAAACUGUCGCGAUCUGCGUCGGAAAAUCCCACUCUGCCGCUGGCCAAUCGAGGAGACUGCGGUCAACGCACGGUGUUGUGUCUCAUCUGUCCACUAAUGUUACCGAUGAUUGUCUAUCGGCGCUGCUCUAUACUGCUCUCGGAAAUCUGGCACCGCCAGAGUUUGUGAUAGCUCUCUCUGCUAACUGUGCCCCGGAAUGGAGCCCACACUCCGCGUGAGCUGUCCACUGUCGGUCUGUGACGAGCUGAUGACCCGGCUAAAUAUGGCCGUCGGAUGGUCACCCCCUCGGGUGGGAAAUGCGCGAGAAAUGUUACUCUGUCCGUUGUUGGUGUUACGCGCCGAGGAUGGCUUUGGAUGUGAUCAUGUAAACCGUCUGCUUAGAGUGGUGUCUUCACGUACCAUCGACUGGUGUGUCCCGCUGUACAUAGACCAUGUGUAAGAGCGAGGACAAUUUUCUGUCCUACAUUUAUCAUGUAAAUAAAUGAUUCAAAUAUAUAAAGCAUGAAUAGU